GUAAGGCAGCACAGCGGCGCAGCAGACAGUGAAGGGUUAAAGCUUCUAAUAGGAUUGAAUGGAUAUUGUGGUGAGCGGCAUCUGAUUACAGACACGACAGUAGGCAUUGAGGAGAAGGAAAGUUGCUGUCUGCUCACUGAAACUGAGUUUCAGCGCCCCUUCAUUGUUAAUACUGCAUUUCACUCAAGGAAAAGUGUUUUCACCAAGAAGCGCAGGAAAACCGGCUGAAGCCACGGUCUUCUGGUGACGUUAGGGGAGAGGUCAGGGCUUGAGGUCGGCUCUUCUCAUCGUAUAAAUGGCCGAGAGGGGUCGGCGGGGGCUUGCGGAGUAAACUUUCAAAAUGUCGCAGUUCGUGGAGGCUUAAAACUGGACUACAACCGCUGUAUUGUUAUUUUUUAACGAAGUUACAGAUCUGAAAACCAGUUUCACGGGAGGAGAGCGGCUGCAGCUCCAAGACAAGUUUGCUUUUGGUUUGUGCCUCCGGGUCGGAGCAAAACAGGGAUCUUCCUCUCUCCGUAUGCACCUUUUUGUCUCUCAGGGCUGCAGAGUCAGGGGCUGUUUGGACAUCCCAUUUCUGUUUUGUCUCUGCUAAGUCUUUUUUGUAGCCGCCAUCAUUCGGUGCUGUAAGGCCAGUCCCAUAAUGUCUUCCAAUGGAGACAUCAGUGACCUGGGGAGCUCAGACAGCUUCUGGGAGCCGGGGAACUACAAAAGGACAGUGAAGCGGAUUGAUGAUGGCCACCGGCUGUGUAAUGAGCUGGUCAGCUGCUUCCAGGAGAGGGCCAAGAUAGAAAAGAGCUAUGCUCUGCAGCUGAGUGACUGGGCCAAGAGGUGGAGGGGCGUUGUGGAGAGAGGGCCUCAAUAUGGCACGCUGGAGAAGGCGUGGCAUGCCUUCAUGCAGGCAGCUGAUCGACUCAGUGAGCUGCAUCUUGAGCUGCGGGAGCGGCUGGCAGGCAAAGACAGCGAGAAGGUGCGCAACUGGCAGAAGGAUGCCUUCCACAAGCAGAUGAUGGGAGGCUUCAGGGAGACCAAGAAUGCGGAAGACGGUUUCCGCAAAGCCCAGAAAACCUGGGUCCGCAAACUGAAAGAGGUGGAGUCCAGUAAGAAGAGCUACCAUCAAACCAGGAAGGAGGAGUGGACGGCUAUUACCAGGGAAACACACGCCAAAGCUGACCCAUCCAAGUCUCAGGAGGAAGUCCGCAAAUACACGAGCCGGGUGGAGCGCUGCAACCAGGAGGCUGAGAAAGCAAAGGAGCGCUACAAAAAGGCCCUGGAGGAGCUGAAUCACUGUAACCCUCGCUACAUGGAGGACAUGGAGCAAGUGUUUGAUCUCACCCAGGAAGCUGAGGGCAAGAGGUUGCGCUUCUUUAAAGACGUCCUGAUGGACAUCCACACGGACCUUGACCUGUCCGCUAAAGGACGGUUCAGAGACCUGUAUCAAGACCUGGGCCAAACCAUCCAAACAGCCAGUGAUACUGAAGAUCUUAGAUGGUGGAGGAACACCCACGGACCAGGCAUGAGCAUGAACUGGCCACAGUUUGAGGAGUGGUCUCCAGAGGCAAAUCGCACCAUCAGCAGCAAGGAACGAGGUGGACACUCUGAGGAGAACGUGGUCACCCUCACCAACAUUGUCUCCUCGGGUGGAGACGAUGUCCCACCAAGUCCCAUCACCGUGGACACUGGCAGGGUGAAAGAUUAUUCUUCAGACUGGUCAGAUGAGGAAAGCCCUAAGAAAGUGCUGGCAGUGAACGGUGUAGGGGAGGCGGAGGACAAUGAGGAGCAGGUAGAGGCGGGGCGAGUCCAAGCACUCUAUGAUUACGUGGGCCAGGAGGCCGAUGAGCUCAGCUUUAAAGCAGGCGACCAGCUGCUGAAGCUGGGAGAGGAGGAUGAGCAGGGCUGGUGUAAAGGACAGCUGAGCAGCGGCCAGGUUGGCCUCUACCCUGCCAACUACGUCCAGGUCAUCGGUUCUUGAUGGCCUGCCAUCUUUGAUCAUCCAGCCAAUGGUACGACCACACUUGAUGCCAGGAUCUAUCAAAAGCUUUUACUGCUGCUAUGUUGACAUGCCGACUGAGGAAGCAGGUAGUUUUUCGUUACUGACUGUAAAACUCAUGAGUUUUGUUUUGUUUUUUUUCCUGUUUGAGCUACGUUUUUGAAAGUCAGUGCAAAAUUCCAUUUGUUAUGAAAGGCUGUUUACUCAGCCUGAGAUCAACAACGUUGUUUGAAAGAAGCUUGACAGAAAGAGAACUUUCAGGAGGCCUGCCAACAUGAACAGACAGCAGACUGUAGAAGAACAUGGACAGACGUUCUGCAACAUCACCCAUCGAUUUCUUCCAGGAGUUUGGUUUUCUGCUUGCUGCCAAUCAUUUUUGAUUCCUAGAGUCAGAAAAUCCUCAUUAUAAUCAAAGGAAACAAAGCUCCAGUGGAGCUGAGGUGGGAUGAGCAGCAAGGAGCAACCACCAUGGCUGGCUGGUCAUCUGAAGCAUCUGUCAGUCAAACAUACCCCAUAGAAUACUUCUUUUUACAGAAAUAGUUUGAUAUUUUGGGAAAUCCACACACAUUUUAUAUAUAAAUAUAUAUCUCGAGAGAGGGAGAGAGGGAGGGAGAGGGAGAGAGAGAGAUGCAUGAGAAGAUUGAUACCACUCUCGUAUCUCACAGGGUUAAAGAAAACAGCCAGUUAUCUUAGCUUAGACUGGGGGAACAUCCUGGCGUAGGUAACAUCAUCUGCCUAUUUGAAUCUAGUUUGGUUCAUCUGUACAAAAACCCUGCUGUCUGAGGAAUUACAGCUGUCUGCUGGGUAAUGACCUGCUGAUCCCAAUGGAAACUAAUAGAUCAUGUGGACUUUAAAUUUUUUUAACUUGGAUUGUGCAGGCAGUAUUUGAUUUACCCCCCCCCCCACCCCAGCGACUGUUGCUACUUGUUUUUGAAAGAUUUUUAGACUAGCAUUUUUACUUUAUGACUUAGCAAUUUCAGCUUUAAUUUAGUAAUCUUCAUUUGAACUAGACUGACUAAAGCAGGGAUAGUUUGACUGUUAGAUUUGGUUAAUCUACAGUAAAUGUUGGAAGAUGGUUUAUUAUUUCCUUGUUUUGCUGUGCUAGGAUCAUAUAGCGCAUGCAACUCAAACAUCUAAAAUAAGUGAUAUAUUUUGUCUGGUUUGGGGUUUUCAUGUUUAUUUGUAGCUUGUAUGUGAGCAAGAAUCCUCUGCUUUGCUGCUCUGAAUGUUGGUUAUGAUCAAUCCAAGUAGAUAGCAAAUAAUAAGCGAUAAUAGGGAAAUUAAAGCUGUUGCACUGCUCCUUUGAGCCUUGGAACAUGUACAGUACAUAAAGUGGGAAGCAGUAAUAAACAAGCCUUCUACAGUUGGAA